AUAGUGUAACUGAAAUAAAAUCCCUGGAUGGUAAGUAGAUCAUAUUAUCCGUACUUUGUUUUCCGUUUAAACCGUGUCUGUAUAGGGAGAAAUGUGACUGAAUUUAUCGAAGUUGUCGUAUCCAUCCAGUUAAUCAAUAUGUAAUAGCGCUCGUUUUAGUUCAUGAUCAACGAAAGGCUGCGUAUUCCCUCUCGAUAUCAUAGCUGCUUUGGUAGUUACUUCAAGACAUACGAGGGGAAAAAAAGGGUCAUUAUGGUUUAUGGGAGAAAUCCAUGGUUGAUAAAAGUCAAUCGAUAUAUAUGGUUAUUUUACCAAGGGUGAAAGCUACCUGUAUUGGAAUUGUAGAGUAAAAGGUACAAGUAAAGGCUUGUUAUUUUAUGUCAUUUCUCAGUGAUUUUUCAUUUUACAACGCACCAAACCAUUUAAAUAUUAAUAAAAUGACGAGACUAUAACAUUGCAAGCAGCUUAGUAGGAAUUUAAUUUUAUAGGAGUCAGGAAAGGCAAGGACAGUUCUCACUCGCGUAUAUCUGGAGUGCCAAGGAAAUGAGAGCCGAUAUCGAAGUCUUCGUCUAUUUCUUACUCACCUUCCCAUUUUUCGCGAGGUAACUUAGUCUACCGUCUUUUUAGAAGAACUCAUCAAAUGUGUUGCCUAAGCGUUCAAUAUUCAAUAUAACUGAUAGAAACAAUUUCUAGAAAGUUGGUGAAAAAUAUUCUUUUCGGCACUUCAGUCAAAUAGUUUGUCUUUUAAACUUCAGCUCAGUAGAUCUCGGACCCGCUUGCCAAAAUAUGUGGAAAAACGCCGGAAAUAACUUGAUCGUUCCUACAGAAUUAACUGUUGAUGCGGUGGCCAACGCAAACCCGUUGUUUACGGUUGUUUCAGGAAAAGGAGCUGUAAAAGUCAGAUCUGCUGUAUUUCAGCGAUUCCGAGGUAUUUAAGGUGUCUUUGGUAUCUUUUAUUUCAAAGCGACUUGCCAUUGACAGGUGAAAAUCUAUGGGGAGCCAUUUGUGCCAAAAAUAUCGAUCGCUGAUUGUCACUUACAAAAAGGGAAAAUCUCAUAAAUACACGCUUGUGAGAGCAAAAAUAUAAUUUAAAGGCGAUAAUGCGACACGACCACAAACGCCACAUGGGAAGUCCGUGCCGGUCGGUCUUUGCCUUUAUUGUCAUUUCAAUGUUCCUAAUCAAGAAAGUAAGUAAGAUUUGAUCGAUACAUCUCUGCUUAACAAGCGGGAGACUGGUUCAAGUUAGAAUCGAUGAGAAAUCGAUAUUAGCAAUAACGAUUAAGUUUUAUCACUAGCGAUUGAUAUUUUAGCAAUAACGAUUGAGUUUUAUGGCUAGCGAUCGAUAUUUUUGGCACAAAUGGCUCCCCAUAAAAAUCUAAGAUACAGUACACAUCAGGGCCUUUUAUCAGUCGUGGUAAUCUACUUCCUGUGAGGAAGUGAAAGAAUGAUCGCAAAAUCUAUGCAUCUACUGAAGACAUUGUUGGUCUACAAUAUCGCUCUGCUCAAUAACCAACCUAUUGUAAGUAAUUUAUUUCUACAGCGGAAAUAAAACUCAAGGAUGGACUGUGUGGGCCAAAAAUGUAUCAAUUGUAAACGUUUUUCCAUUUUUAUGAAAUUACGACUUUAAAAAAAAACAUUUUACAGAAAAAUCUUAUCUAUAGGCCAAAAUAACCGAGAAAUUAAUUGGCAGUGCAAAGUUGCGCCGGGAAUGUUAUAAUUUAUCAAGGUAACUCAGGUUUCUGUAGUAUUAUGAGAAAGAUUUACAGCAAUUAUUACGUUUCCUGCUUCUUAGCUUAAAAUCGAGAUCACGUGCGCUUUUAGAGAAAAAGAAGUCUCAGUCUAAAAAAAAGUAAAAAUCCCCUAGAUUUUGAUGUUUUGAAAAAACGCGAUUGGGUCAGGUGGAAAAUUGUAAAUGUUUUCUAUAAUUCCAAACAGACUUGAUGGUUGAUUACCAAGCUGCAUAUCCUGCUCCCACUCAGCAACAUAUAGAUGACUUCAUAACUGCGGUAACCCAACCAAGCGGACCUAUGGAGGCGGCAUUCGAUUAUUUAAAGCAGCAGGGGUCAUUGCCUCCAAGCGUGGUAUGUGUAGACCAGUUCUUGUUAUGAAGAAAUAUUUUAUCCAUGUGUCUUGAACAUGUGAGUCCUUCAAGAAGAGUCGAACUUUAAAACUUCUGAUUUUACCUUAUGACGCCCUUCCAAUGAACAACAGAGAAUUCGUUUAUGAACCAAUAAGGUAAGGGACAACGAAGGGUGGGGUAGGUGGAGAUCACAUGGUAUUCAAGGAACGGUGAGGAGAUCAGUUAUCGCCAUGAAGAGGGACUUUAGAAAAUUGCCUGCCAAUUAGCUUCCGAGGGGAGGGGGGGGGAAAACAGGAAGAGCCUGGAGGGGGGGGGAAAUCAGGUAAAUUUUAUGGUAAAACAACCAGAUUCCCCCACACCACCACCCGGGGGCUAAAUAAUGACCGUUCCCUAAUUAAGGUAACUAAACGUGAGGGCUCAUGAGAAGUUGAUGACGAUGACUUGACAUCAUUUCGCAUGGUCACCGUCCCUUGCAUUCAAAAGUGUAAGGAGCAAUUGAUCGAAUAAAUUUUUUUGUUGAGGGUUAGUCCCCUGUUCGCUCCUCUAACUUCAUAGAUUACAUUCCAUCUAUUUUCGUAUCACGUAUCCUCUGUUCCAUUGCUGUUUGUUGACCCCCUCUAUCGCUAUGAACUUUACUUUUAGACGACCCUACAACAGUUUAAAGGUGUUUUGAACGAUUUAUGGUUCCAAAACAGCAAUGGAUUUAAACAUGUGUUUGUUGGUAAGUACGGAAAAUAAAAUAAAUAAAUAAAUGGAAAGUCUCUCAAGGUUUAUGUGCAGAUUAUCCGCCAUUAAAGGCCUUGGUAAUAGGGUCUUUUCAAAUAGUCCCCGAGAGAACUAAGCUACCCAGCAUUCUUCGAUAAAUGCAAAAAAAUAUUCCUGCAGUCAUCCAUACCAGAUUCUGUGUUCACGUUUUUCUUUAACAGGCGAUUUAAACGCCAACGCCAACACUUUCACUGGAUUUCACAACUGGUACCAGUUCUUGCUUGAACAAGAGAGAAACCCAACUCAGACGACGAAUAUCGCUUUUAGCCAUCUGCGACCUUUCGUGGACAAGAGACUGGUUAGUAGUAGUAACCAAAAAAGUUGUAAAGCUAUAACCUUCCUGCGAACCUUACAUUUAAUUCCGAUUGGUACUCUAUCUGUGUUUGUAACUGCAAUAUUGAUUGAUUCAUUCAUUCAUUUCCACCGGCGUUAAAGGAAGGCGGUGUGGGGACAAGCGUACAGUGUCGACCACACUAUUCUGCUUGAAUGUUCAUGUCACGCUACUCUGAUACUUCUCGAUAAAAAAAUGUUUUUACAAGUGUGCGUGCUAAACGACAAGAAAAAGGCCCUAAGAGAAAAGUGCUUCGAAAUAGUCCGGGCUGAGCAGGCUUUCAGCCAAGCCCUAUAAAUCCUAAGCUCAGCGCUGGCUAAACAAGAUGCCGUAAUGUAAUCUUAGCCCGUGAUAUCGUACGCGUUCUGCAAUUAAAAGUCUGUUAUUCAUUAUUAUUUCAACGAGGAGUGGCGUUCGGCUGCAAAUCUCUGUUGGGCGUGCACUGUUGUGAUCCUAAUUGACGCCACGAACAUUUGUGUGCCCUCGACAGCCCAUCGCUGAAUUUCAAAGACAAAGCGGUAAAUACUAAGUUUCCCACUUACAUUCUUAUUUACAGCCAUAUCUUCUUCGUGGACUAACAUUUAGAUGGAGAGGGGCGAACAAAGCACCACAGGGCAGCACCAGCAGCAUGUUCGUCGGAACCAGCCCAGCAUUUGAUUUGGCCAUGUUUACUACUUGUGUAUUGAGUGGACGUGCGGCAGGAGGGGGAACAAUAGACUGUGUCUGCAAAGUUAAAGGCCUAGGGUUAGGGGAGAGCACUGUAGAAUUUACGACCGUCGAGGACCCACUGAAUAAAAAGGUCAUCACAGCCCAUCCAAGAAAUGUUAAAUAGAUGAAAGAUUGCCGUCUUGUAUUACUGCACGGGAUUUAUCUGGAGCAAUAAAAUUUAAAUUUAGACGAUAAAUGUGCGAGAGAGAUGUCUUACGAACAAACGGUACACAAAUCAGCAUGAAAUGACUCUCAUCAUUGGUAGACAUCGGUCGAGAUCUGAAGCCAUAAACUUAUUGUGUUUUCGUCAUCUAGUGGCC